AUGGCACUACCACUGUUUACCAAAAGGCAGUUCCGGCCACCUCGCCCAGAUGGCUUCGACCAUCACCAUCCACAUCCCGAGGGCACCAGGCCUCCUCGUCCCGAGGGCACACGGCCUCCUCCUCCCGAGGGUACCCGGCCUCCCGCAAUCAUUGACGGCUUCAACCAUCACCAUCCACCUCCUGACGGUACCAGGCCUCCACCACCCGAGGGUACUCGGCCUCCUCCUCCCGAGGGCACAAAACCUCCACCUCCCGAGGGCACCCGCCCUCCAGGCCCGCCGCCCAGCAAAAGGCAGUUCCGGCCACCUCGCCCAGACGCCUUGGACCAUCACCAUCCACAUCCCGAGGGCACCAGGCCUCCUCGUCCCGAGGGCACACGGCCUCCUCCUCCCGAGGGUACCCGGCCUCCCGCAAUCAUUGACGGCUUCAACCAUCACCAUCCACCACCUGACGGCACCAGGCCUCCACCACCCGAGGGCACCCGCCCCCCACCUCCCGAGGGCACCCGCCCCCCACCUCCCGAGGGCACCCGCCCCCCACCUCCCGAGGGCACAAGGCCUCCACCUCCCGAGGGCGCAAGGCCACCACCGGUGAUUGAACAAUAG